UGACGUUACUUGUCAUUUGUCAAACUGUAGACGUAAACAAUUCACUGAGUGUUCCGCUAUUUAUUGUUUGUUUUUAUAUUAAAUACAUUUAAUUACCAUGUCAUCACACAACGUAAACGUUUGCGACAUCACAGAUGACGUAAAGGAAGUGUUAAAGAAGUUUAGAUUCCAGAAACACACGACAAAUGCUGCGCUUAUACUGAAGGUGAACAGAGAAAAGCAGACCUUGGAGGUCGAUGAGGAGUUGGACAGCGUGGAGCUUGAGGAGUUGCAGGACAUCUUGCCGUCACACCAGCCGAGGUUCAUUGUAUACAGUUAUAAAAUGGAGCACGAAGACGGGCGGAUAUCGUUCCCGAUGUGUUUCAUAUUCUACACGCCGCGAGACGCACAUAUGGAACUACAGGUAAUGUACGCGGGUACGCAGCGCGCUCUGGCGGCGGCUGUGGGCGCGCCGCGACUGCUCGAAGUCAGAGAGAUUGAUGAACUCACUGCCGACUGGCUCAACGAGAAACUGAGGAAAUAGACACACUUGUAUCUAGAGUCUAGGUAUAGGGUGCAGGCUGACCUGCGUUGUGGUGAGGGCUAGGUGAAUAUGGAAAGAUCUAUAAAUAUUGUCUUUGUUCUACAGUGUUAAAUGCGUCGUUUUGCGUCCACAGUUUAAAAAUCUUGCUUCAAAAUGUCAAACGUAAUAAUUCAAGCAUAAAAAAAAAACAAAUCACUCAAAAAUUUAACAUUCACAAACAAUUAUAGACUCUGUGCACGGCCACAGAACUGCGAUAAUACUGAGAAAAUCCCAUUUGGCAAUCACAAA